AUGCAGACAGUGCCUGCAUAUAGGACAGAUGGAAUAACUGUUGAUGGAAAUGUCAUAUUUCAUCGUCUUUUUUGGUCGUUUCAACCAUGUAUAAGAGGUUUUGCAUUCUGCAAACCUGUUAUUCAAAUUGAUGGAACAUGGCUCUACGAAAAAUACAAGGGCACCUUGCUUAUGGAUGUUGCACAAGACGGUAACAAUAAUGUAUUUCUCAUAGCCUUUGCUCUGGUUGAGGGUGAGACUGCUUCUGCUUGGAGUUUCUUCCUUAAGAAUCUUAGAACACAUGUCGCUCCACAAGCCAACCUCUGUUUGAUUUCAGACAGGCAUGCUGCUAUAGAGAAUGUGUACAAUAACCAUGAUAAUCGGUGGCAUAAUCCUCCUUCUACCCAUGUGUAUUGCAUUAGACAUAUUGCACAAAACUUCAUGCGUGCAAUCAAAGACAAGAACCUUCACAAAAAAGUUGUGAAUGUCGGGUAUGCUCUAACUCAACCAACAUUUCAAUACUACCUUAAUGAAAUUAGGAUGUCAAAUGCAGAUGCAGGAAGCUGGUUAGACAACAUUCCACUAGAAAAGUGGACAAGGGCUUUUGAUGGUGGAUGUCGUUGGGGGAACAUGACGACAAACCUUGGGGAAUCCAUGAAUGGGGUAUUCAAAGGAAUUAGAAACCUUCCAAUCACCGCUUUGGUGAGAUCAACAUAUUAUAGGUUGGAAUCACUUUUCGCAACAAGAGGCGAGAGAUGGAGUGCAGUGUUAACAUCCAGUCAGGUAUUCAGUGAAAGCAUUAUGAAAUUGAUGAAAGAGGAUACUAUCAGAGCCAUCACACAUGCAGUUAGAGUCUUCGAUCGUCAUAGGCAAACAUUCAGUGCACAAGAAACAAUGGACCAUAAUGAGGGGAGGCCCAAUUUAUCCUAUGCCAUCAGACUAAACAGAUGUUGGUGUGAUUGUGGCAAUUACCAGGCCUUCCUUGUACCUUGCUCACAUGUCAUUGCGGCAUGCGCACAUGCUCGUCAGGAUGCUUAUGGCUAUCUAUCUGAUGUCUACAAGGCGAUUAAUGUUAUGAACGUAUACAACGAAGGCUUCACAGUGCUACCAAUGGAGGAUUAUUGGCCUCCAUACCAAGGUGACAUAGUUUGGCAUAACGAUGACAUGAGAAGAAAGAAAAAGGGACGCCUAAACAGUAAACGUAUAAGAACCGAAAUGGAUACGGCUGAUAAAAUAAUAGGAUUGUGCAAUAUAUAUCGUCAGCCCGGACACAACAGAAAAAAAUGUUCCAAUGUCGGAGGCACAUCUGCAUCAUGA